UCAUGACUGAAUAGUCCCAAAAGCCCGGCCAGAAGAUAUAAUUUUGUUUCUUGUGUUACAGAUUGAAGAUGAGGCCUUUAUUGAUACUGUUGCUCUUGGUUAUAUUUAACAGUGCAUCAACAAGAGCUGGAAAAAAAGUUACUGCUGACCUGAGCUUUGCCAGUCAUUAUGGAGAUCACAUGGUGCUGCAGCAAGCACCUAAGCAGGCUGUGGUAUGGGGGUUUGCAAAAACUCUAGGAUCAGUAGUCAAAAUCACUGUACAGAAUGAUUCUUAUUCUGCCACUGUGCAAAAAAAUCCUCAAGACAACCCAGGACCAGGUGUAUGGAAAGUUUUAUUAAAGCCCACACCCUCUUCCACUCCCCCUGUGAUUAUAAGUGUUAAAUCUGUUGAUGGACAGGUGGCAAUCAAAGAUGUCCUCUUUGGAGAUGUAUGGCUGUGCUCAGGACAAAGCAACAUGCAGUUUACAACAGAUAUGAUGCUGAAUGCAAGUGAAGAGCUUGAAGGAGCCUCAAAGUACACUCAUGUAAGACUUUUCACUGCUAGUCAAGUGACAUCAGAUGUGCCACUUCUUAACUUAAAAAGUGUAGAAGAGGUUUGGUCCUUAGCAGCAAAAGACACUGUUGGUCACCAACCAUGGAAAUAUUUCUCAGCAGUGUGCUGGUUGUAUGGGCGGAUGCUAUAUGACAGGCUCAAGUAUCCCAUAGGCCUGAUAGACACAACUUGGGGAGGGACCCCUGUAGAAGCUUGGUCAUCCCCAGAUGCUCUAAGGCAGUGUUAUGGUCAGAGCAACGAAGACAGGGUGAAAGUGAAUGACCCAAUGUUUCCAGAGGCUCCAGGUGACCAUACUGUCCUGUGGAAUGCCAUGAUACAUCCUUUCCUCAACACAACUAUUUAUGGAGCUAUCUGGUAUCAAGGGGAGGCCAAUGCUUCACCGCCUACUAUGAACAAAUACAAGUGUACAUUCCGUGCCAUGAUUGGGGACUGGAGACAGAAGUGGCAUGAAGGCACCAUGGGACAGACUGAUGAAAAUUUUCCAUUUGGUUUUGUCCAGCUAGCUCCAUGGAGAACAAAACCUAACAGUCCAUCUGGUUUUUCUACCAUACGCUGGCAUCAGACGUAUGACAUGGGCUAUGUACCUAAUUAUGACCUGCCCAAGGUCUUCAUGGCAGUGGCCAUGGAUUUACCUGACCCUAAAUCGCCCUGGACCGGCAUCCAUCCUAGAGACAAAAUAGAUGUAGCCAAGAGACUGGUGCUGUCAGGACUUGCUGUAGCAUAUGGUAAGAGUGGAAUCAAGUUCCAGGGCCCUUUGCCUUCAGCAUACUUCAUUGAUAUAGGCUACUACACUCUAAGGGUAGAGUAUGACAGUGGGAAAACGCUGCUGGAAAUAAGGAGUAGUGCUGGAUUUGAGCUUUGUUGCUCCCAUGACAACACCAGCAUAAGCCAGUGCAAUGAGACAAGCACGCUGUGGCAUGAAGUUCCCCUUGUGUCCCAUGACAGCACUUCCGUCACCAUGUCUUAUGGGAAAGUUGCUGGCUGUGUCGGGCAGUGGGUUAUGGGCAUGCGUUAUGCAUGGAGAGAAACACCAUGUGAAUUCCUGGCUUGUCCUAUUUACAGUGUGGAGAAUGGUCUUCCUGCACCACCUUAUGUAACUGUGGGCAUUAUAGGCUAUGACGUGUGAUUUCAGAUGGCUAGAGACAAAAUACGUUUUAUCAACUCCAGCUGCAAAUUAUUAAUUUGCCCACACUAUUAUCCAUUGCAGAUUAUUUUUUGACAUCGUAAUUAGUGGUCAUGCCAGAGCUGUGAUGAAAAUGUCUACGGACAGUUGCAGUAACUUUUCUUGUGUUUAUCUCUAUUAUACACUAUAGGUGACUUUUAGACAAUCUUUGACACAGAGAAACCUUCUUGAAUUAUGAGUAUAAUAAUAUUAUACAGAAAAGUUAUUUAUGUCUCCUCAUAAACCCAAGCAAAAGGAUAAGUAAAUGACAAACACAGAUAUAGUGUUCAAAAUUUGGCCGGUAGUGGCCGUUUUAUUGAAAGGUCCCUCUAGUAAAGAAUGGUGUUAGAUAUUAUAUAGCAUUAGAUAAUGUUAUAUCUUAA